AGCCUUUCCCCUUCUUAUCUUCCAUGCAACUGAAUAAUAACGUAGCCCAAACGCUUAACCUUCCAUGUUGCUUCUCGGCGUUCUCGCCCUCUCCUAGUAGUGAAUUACCCUCUCUCCCUCCUCACCUUCAUAAAUUCAUUGGAUCCACAUCACCUAACACCACCAGGAGGCAGGAGGGUCCUUUUAACCAGAGAUGCCGUGGCCUGUACGUCGACGGUCUCCUGCAAUGCUACUAGUGGUGGUUCUUGUGAUCGUUGCAGUCACACCUCCGGCCACCGUCGGCGGCUCCACAGAGAAGGUGGACCAGACCAUAGUGCCUCAGACACCUGAUUUGGGAAUCAAGUGUACCGCCUGCUCCUCUUGUGAGAACCCAUGUAACCAGCAUCCUCCGCCACCUCCGCCUCCCCCUCCGACGACUCCUUCAAGUUACUGCCCUCCACCGCCGCCGCCUCCGUUUUUCUACAUAACGGGUCCGCCUGGAAACCUUUAUCCUUUCGAUCCUUUCUUUUCGAGUGCCGGCCGGAAUUCUGUUGCGGGGGUGUUGGUCUUGGUGCUUUGUGGGUUGUUGGGACUCUUGACGUUAUGAACAUUAAUUCUAAGAGCCGGCCGGUUUCAAGGUUGGAGCUUAGGACGUGGGUGUUUGGAAAACUGUGAUCUUUAGGUUGGUAAUUGGCUUAUUGCUUUUCUCUCAUCAGUUGUUAACCUGAAUAACAGUCAUGUCUUUCUUCUCAAAUUUGUCCUUGUAUCUUUAGGCUUCAAUUCCUGUUACGAGUCCCAUUUGUUUUUUGUGAUCCAUGGAAAUUAAAGAUCAAAAUUGUGAAGUUUAGAUCAACUGCAAUAUGAUUCCUUAAUUGCUUUUUUUUU